ACUGCAGGGGAGUGGCUCAUCAAUGAAUGUCGCACCUGUUUGGCCAUCUCUUUCGGCACGCCCACCUCCUCUCUCUCUGGCAUUGACCUGCAGUACAUGGCCGAGGUGUGCAGGUGGCAGAUUGGGCUGUUUGCCUAGCCUGCAAGCGUCUUCCAGGUGGUGGAUUCUGGGAUCGAAAAGGCAGCUCUAGAUCAGCUUGGCUUCUCCCCUGAGGUCUACUGUUGUUGGCUCCUUAGCACCAAACUGGGACCAGGUGGUGUCUUUUCACCCACGUCUCCAGCACCUUGGAGAAGGUGGUAAUGGAUUUGAUUUGUGCCAAACCAGUACCUGUGGACAUGCAGGUAGCUGCCACUUUAUCUGAGGAUCUGAGAACAUGGUUGCUGGUAUCCACCUAUCCAAUGCCGGCACCCGCAGGAGACAACGUCAGGACAGGAAUGUUGGAGUUGUGGGCAGCCUGGGCACUUCCAGAGUGAGUGUCCACCAAUGGAAGUUGACCAAGUGGUCCCCAUUUCAGGAAAGACAUAAGCGCUCCAGUAAGGGCCCAAGGGGUGGUACAACGGGGCCGGGCCAUGGUGUAUUCACCUCGGUGGUUUGCUGUGCGGGGGGUACCCUAGGCCCCCACCUCCCUCCUUUUAGGCAACCAUCUUUCACAGUCCCAGCUGCUGAUGUGUUCUCCCCCAUCCCAGGAUGCACAAACCUCAUACAGCACCAUAACAAGAGACACCCAGGUGUGACAGUUUUUUUCACAACCUUGCAGGCUCUGAUUGUAAGAUAAGGAACAGAAACCUCUGUGUUUCCCUCUUUUUGCCUCACCAUAUAUUUGUAUGACUGCAGGUAGGCAAACAUUAAGACAGAUAGAUAGUCACAUAGACUGAAGGACACCAGAGGUGACGGAGCAGCUGUGAUGGAGUCAGAAGAACAGAUUUAUAUCAACAUAGAGGAGCUGAAGGGAGACAGACGCUACAGACCAGAGGAAACUGAAACCAAGCCCGUGAGAACUGAUGCUGUGGCUGGAAAACAAACUGAAACUUGGACACUUUUUAAAGUGUCUACGGUUUGUCUGGGCCUGCUGUGUUUCCUCCUUCUGACCACGGCCAUCGCAAUCAGCGUUCUCUAUAAAAAAGACUUUAAUCAGCUGUCCAGAGACCUGGCCAAUCACACAGCAGAGAAUCACCGGCUCCUGGUCCAGAACCAGAACCUGACUGAUGAAAGAGACAAGUUCAGUUUGACUGUUGGUAAGUGCCCUGAUGGAUGGAGGAGAUUUAGUUGCAGUUGUUACCUCUUUUCAACAUCAGUUACCACAUGGUCUUACAGUAAACAGAUGUGUCAACACCACGGAGCAGACCUGGUGAUCAUAAACAGCCAGCGAGAGAUGGUGAGGAUCUCUUUCCAGAAAUGUGUAUUGUUGUAUUGGACUUUUGAAGUGUUCAUUAUUUUUUUUCCCCACUUGAAGAUGUUUCUGAAUAAGGUUAGAGCUCAUUCAAAGUUUUGGAUUGGUUUGGAUGGUACGUCAUCCAGCUAUAGUAGCUGGAAGUGGGCUGAUGGAUCAUCACUUAAAACUACGUACUGGCAAGAUGGACAUCCUCGAAUAAGCAACAUGAGAUAUGUGACUUCCAAUCAGAAAUGUGCAGCUUUUAACAGCUUUGCAGUUGGUUUGUUUAUGAGGAAUAUUAAGUCAUGGACUAAUGAGUCCUGUAACCAAUUCCUACGGUCAGUUUGUGAGAAGGAGGCUGACAUGUCCCUAACGUCCUGGUAAACUCACAAGACAUUACAAAGAAAAGUUUCAUUCUCGUAAAUUAAUUCUGAUCGAGUGCUGCUUCUGAUGAUGAUUAAGUGACGUUUCCCAAUGAAAACUAAGACCAUUCAUUGUAAACGUGAAAUAUAAAACAUGAAUUAAAGACACUUUAGGUGACAGGUUUAUUCUUUAAAUAAUUGGUAAAUGAUAAUAAACGUAGAUGAAUAAUUUUUAUUUAGCAUAACAGCAUUAACAGCAGUAGUCCUGUCAGGGGACUUUAAUGGAAUAAGACAAAAUAAACAGUAUAGAACAAAUAUAUACAAAUAAUAACAGAAAAUACAGUAUGUACAAUGGCUUACAUUUAUGUAGCAGAAUUAAGUCUAUAUAGAAAAUACAUUUAGGCUGGAUGCAUAUAGCUAUACUUGACUUUUUCUUUUCCAAAUGACUUUUUAAAGGUUAAAAAAUCUUAUUCCAGACAUGUGUUUAAACGGUUUCAGAACUAAUCAGAAAACACAUCACAUGACUCUUCAACCUGGGGAUGUGCAUGCUGGAGUAAAGUAAAUGGACUUGAGCUUGGAGAGCGCUAUUCUAGUCUUCUUCAGGUCAAACCUAUACACAUUCACAGACAGCUGUCUGGAUUGAACCCCACACCUUCUGGAUAAGAGAAGACCAACUCUACCACUGAGCCACAGCCGCCCAAAGAUUUACCAUUUACUGUAUAUAAAGUAAAGCCAAAACCAUGUCUAAAAAAGAUUUAUUUGAUGUGUAUUUUGAUUGAAAAGUUUGACCCAUGUUCCAUCAGUUAACAUGGAGGAGGCGGAGCUUAUGACCUAAACCACAGCCAGUCAGAUAGAGGAGCUCUCUCUCAGCUUCCCUUUUAGGGAGCUGUCUUUUUAUCCAUUAUAUAUUUUAAAACAGUCUCUCAACAGUAUGGACAAACAAAACUUCGCUUCAUGAAGGGCUGAUAACUCCAGUGAACAUGAAAACUGCCAAAUUAAGCUUUUGAGCACCUACAGGCAGUAGCUUUGUGAAAGGGCUCAUCUUUUGACAAACUAAUGAAAUUAAUUAUUUAUCACUUCACUUCUCUACCAAACCAUAACAGACUAUCUUGAAACAAACACAGUAAGCCUCCAAAGCACACAAAAUCUGACUCAUACAUUGAUGUAAUUGUCAUCAAUUAUAAUAAUAAUAUAAUUAUAAUGUACAGUAGUUCACUUGAUUAAGGGCAUUUAUUCUUUUCUCUUUAUUAUUCUAUGUUCUGUUUUAUUAAAAUCUUUUUUUGGCCUCCUCAUC